UGAGACAAAACCAGGUUUCCUUAAAAUUGCUCGUCCACAAGGAAAAAGUCAAGACUUCAAGUACUUAACUAGAUCCAAGUUCGAGUUUGUCAUGGAAGCAUUCCAGAAGAAGUUAAGUGACAUUGAAGGAAAGAUAACCGGAUUCGAUGAAAAGCUAGCCGGGUUCGAUGAAAUGAAGGAUCAGCUGAACAUGAUAGUAAAGAUCUUAUCAGCUAAAGGGAAGGAGGUAGUACCUGACGAUGAAGAAAUACACUCUGAUGAAGAAGAUCGUGAUAGGCACCUGAAGGGUGAAGCUUCCAGUGCCAAGAUCCUCUUCAUACCCUCAAAAGACGUACAUGACAAGAAGAACGUGGGAUCUCCAAAAUAUGAUGAAAAGGAAGGCAAAUUGGAAGGAGCCAUGGACGACAUGCAAUUAAAAGAGAAAUGGGAAUAUCUGGACGAAAGGGUGAGAGCCAUUGAAGGGGUAGAAUCCUAUGGUUCUACUGAUGCCACACAAUUAUGUCUAGUGCCAGACGUGAUAAUUCCCCAUAAAUUUAAAAUGCCUGAGUUUGAGAAGUAUGAUGGUACCACGUGCCCUAGAAACCAUCUGAUCACGUAUUGCAACAAAAUGGCUACCCACGUUCGAGAUGACAAGCUCAUGAUACAUUGUUUUCAAAAUAGUUUGAGUGGGCUAGCUGCAAGGUGGUACAUGCAACUUGAAAGAUCGAAGGUGAAAAGGUGGCAGGAUCUUGCCGAUGCAUUCAUGAAACACUACAAGCACAAUCAAGAUUUAGCCCCGGAUAGAGAAUAUUUACUCGCCAUGGAAAAACAAGAGAAGGAAUCCUUUUGUGAGUAUGCACAAAGGUGGCGAGGAAAGAGAUCUGAGGAGGCGCUGGUGGCUUGACCUCGCCGGCGAGGAACUCUAGGUAAACCUUUUUUGUUUAUUCUGGUCUAUUGGUCUAUUUUUGUUUGGUUCUGAUUUCUAUUAUUUUGGUAUUUUUGUGGAGGUGGACAAAGAAAGAAUCGGCCGCCAC